AUGGUGAUUGGCGGAGACGGGUACUGCGGCUGGGCGACGGCGCUGCACCUAUCAGAGCAAGGCUAUGACGUGUCCAUCGUGGAUAAUCUCAGCCGUCGAUUGUUCGACGAGCAGCUCGGAUCGCAGACCCUCACGCCGAUCGCGUCCAUCCACGAUCGCGUGCGACGCUGGCGAGAGAUCACGGGGAAGUCGAUCGCACUGUACAUCGGCGACGUGUGCGACUUCGAAUUCCUCGCAGACGCGUUCCAGACGUUCGAGCCGACGGCCGUGCAUAACAACGUCAUCGGUACUAUCAAUGUGAUGUUCGCGAUUAAAGAAUUCGCUCCCGAGUGCCAUCUGGUGAAGCUGGGAACCAUGGGCGAGUACGGCACGCCGAACAUUGACAUUGAGGAGGGCUUCAUUACAAUCACACACAACGGCAGGACGGACACGCUACCGUACCCGAAGCAAGCCAGCUCGUUCUACCAUCUCAGCAAGGUGCACGAUUCGCACAACAUCGCGUUCGCGUGCAAGGCGUGGAACAUGCGCGCGACGGACCUGAACCAGGGCGUGGUGUACGGCGUGGCGACACCCGAGACGGAGAAAGACGUCAUGCUCAUCAACCGCCUCGAUUACGACGGGGUGUUUGGUACCGCUCUCAACCGAUUCGUUGUCCAGGCAGCCGUUGGGCAUCCGUUGACCAUCUACGGGAAGGGCGGACAGACACGCGGAUACUUGGACAUCCGUGAUACGGUGCGUUGUGUUGAACUCGCGAUCGCCAACCCUGCCAAGCUGGGCGAGUUCCGCGUGUUCAACCAGUUCACAGAGCAGUUUUCAGUGAGGGAUUUGGCCCGUCUGGUGACGGCUGCAGGGGAAAAGAUGGGCAUCGAAGUGAAGUCCAUCAACGUGCCCAACCCCCGUGUCGAGGCUGAGGAGCACUACUACAACGCCAAGCGCACCAAGCUGCUGGAGCUGGGGCUGCAGCCGCACUUCCUGUCCGACGCUCUUCUCGACUCUCUGCUCAACUUUGCCGUGAUCUACAAGGACCGUGUCGACCCCAAUCAGAUCAUGCCAGCUGUCUCGUGGAAGAAGAUCGGGGUCAAGCCCAAGUCGUCUGUUACAACUACACCCGCGCAGUAG